GCACAGGACGAAACGAAAAAAAAAAAAAAUUCUACUAUCAUAAGACCAGUAUGUAUUAUUAUUAAUUUAUAGGGAGAUACAAACAGUAUUCGAUAGUACGUUAAUAUGGAUACUAAAGAGAUCAAAUCGACAAUUUCGAAUCUUGAAAAGACUUCGGAUGAUGUUACAGUUUUGAAGUUAUUGACCAUUUUAAAUGAUGGUGUUAAACCUACUGAGAAACUCUUGAGAGAAACUAAAGUUGGUGUAGCUGUUAAUAAAUUCAGAGCUCAUAGUAAUUCUGAAAUAACUUCUCUUGUAAAGAAAAUGAUUAAGAAUUGGAGAGAAUCGGUUCAGAAUGAGAAAAAUAUUAAGAAAAAGUCUGUUUCAUCAAAUUCAACUGAAGGAAAUGAUAAAAAAUCUAUUAAUUCAUCAUCUGAAAAUCCAACCCCUGGUUCUGGUUCAGGAUCUGGAUCAACUGCUGGAUCAACUGAGAGUAAAUUUCAUAAAGGUCCAAGAGAUCCUAAGAUAGAUGGAGUUAAAACUUCAUUAUAUGAAAAUCCUACUAGAAAUGCAUCUAUAAGUGCAUUAUAUACUGCUUUAGCCAUUGAAAGAGAUGAUUCUUCAUCACAUAUUUUAACAGUGGCAACUGAAAUAGAAAGUGAAGUAUUUAAGAGUCAAUACCUGCAAGUUAAUGAUACUUAUAGAAAUAAAUUAAGAUCAUUUACUAUGAAUCUUAGAAAUAAGAAGAAUCCAGAAUUAAGAGAUCGAUUAUUAACAAGAGCUAUUUUACCACCAGAUUUUAUUAAAAUGACUCCUAAUGAAAUGGCACCAGAAGCUUUAAAGAAAGAAAUUGAAAAAAUGCAUAAACAAAAUUUAUUUGAUGCUCAAGGUGCAACAGAAAAGAGAGCUGUUACUGAUAGAUUUACUUGUGGUAAAUGUAAGCAUAAGAAAGUUAGUUAUUAUCAAAUGCAAACUAGAUCAGCAGAUGAACCAUUAACUACUUUCUGUACUUGUGAGAAUUGUGGUAAUAGAUGGAAAUUCUCUUAAGUAUCCAAUUAUAGAGUUAGAUUUCUCACUUUAUUCUGUUAAAUAUUGUAUUAUAUAAUGUAUGUUAAGAUUAUUUCUAUAUUUGUUUCGUUACUUAAUUU